AUGAAAAACUCGUCUGGCAACAAGCAUCCUGUCAAGUCCUUAGUUGUCUGGAUUUCUGUAUCGGGUAGCCAGAGCGCCGAGGAUGUGUCGAGAAUCCACGCGGAGCUGGAGAACAGCAUCAUCAGUCCAUAUAUUCGUCCUGCGAAGAAUUUUUCAAGACCCUUAAUCGUUAACAUCUCAUUCCACUUGGUCGCCAUCGUGGACUUUAACGCAGCCUCCCACAGACUGACCAGCAGCGCCCUGCUGACUGUCACGUGGCAGGACGACUACCUCACCUGGGAGCCCGCUGCUUACGGCGGCAUCACACGCAUCUUGCCGGAUCCCACUAAGCUGUGGCGGCCGCGGCUGACCAUUCGGAAUACGUUGACGGACAUGAAAGUCAUCGGCCAGAACUACAUGGUUGCCAGGCAUGAUGGGACGGUGAAGUGGUUUCCCGCGGAAAUGUUUGAAACGUUUUGUCAUGGCGACGUGAAGUACUUUCCCUAUGACCAUCAUACCUGCGACUUGCAGAUGUUCAUCUGGGCGGAGGGCGAGGGUCCCAUCGAACUUCAACCGGUCAAAUCAGAGAUCGAUUUUGAUUCCUAUGUCGGUAAUGGAGAAUGGAAAGUGUCCUCCACUGCGGUCAGGAGGGUGACCUAUCACCUGCAUGACGACCCCAUUUCUGUUGUUGUUUACGAGGUCACACUCCGGAGACGACCGGCGCUGGUGGUGAUGACGAUCGUGUUGCCAGUCUUCAUCUUGGCUGGCCUCAACAUCUUUGUCUUUCUCAUUCCUUACGAAUCAGGAGAGCGGCUAUCGUUCGCUGUCACAAUUCUGUUGUCAUACGGAGUCUUCAUGGCCUCCGUGGUGAGUUUGCUGCCAGGGUCUGUGAAGACCAUGUCCAUCCUCAUCAUCGACAUGGGAAUUCUUCUCAUCUGUCCGCCCUCUACGCCCUCAUCAGCGCCUUCUUCAUGCGACUCUUUGCUCGCGAUGACAGUCGCCAGGUCCCCAAGACUCUCGAGACCCUGGCCAGGAGCCUGGAGCGUCUGCUGCGUCUGGAAACCCCGAACCCUAGAGAGGUCAGGGAGUCUCCAUCAUGUGAGAUACAAACAACGAUUCACGAGGUCGAUAAGAUGACAUGGAAACGGUUUGUUCGUUCGCUGGAUGUGUUCUUGUUCUUUUUCUUUUUUGUACUGGUUGUACUGUCCGUUGUUGUUUUGUGGGCUGUCGUCCUCUUUCGUGAGAAGAAAGUUUAGCCUCAUGAUCACUCUGGCAUCACACCUUGUGUUUAACAGGGAAUAAACGUAUUCUCAGAGUGCGUGCAUGCGCGCGCGUGUGGGGUUGAGAAAAACAUUUCACAGCACUUCUGCAAUGAAAGAGUUACAUUUUAUUGUUAUGUAUGUGCCUCCCGUUAUAACUAAUACUGCUUGUCUUAUACUAUUCAAGUUUUUUUGUGAGCCAAAGAAAACUGUCAAAAAUUUGUUCAUUGAGUUUCAUUAACAUCUGAACAUACAUAUUAACUCUCAUAUUUUAAUAAGCGUAUAUACACUUGUACAACUUUGUGUAUUCCCAGCAUAAAUGUCUAAACUCUCAGUUUUCAGUGGCUAUGCCUUCAAAAACAAAUCCUGCUACAUCUUCUGUAUUCGAAUAACUUUCCAAGACACUUAUAUUACAACUUGCAGUCUAGUACAUCUCUUCAUUUAAAUAUUUCGUAACGAUUAGUCUAAGAUUAGACUUACCCUAGGGAUUUCAGGAAAUGAUCUCUGUAUACUUAAUUAGAAUAUUUAUUUCAUGACUGUUUCAUUGUAAAAAUUUUAUACUGCUACUUUAUUGGCUACGUUCUUUUGUCUUUUUCAUCCUUUUCAUUCGCAUAUUUAUUUUAAAUA